AUGCCGCCAAAACAAGCACAAAAAGGAUCCAAACCGAAGCCCGCAAAGGGCCAGGCCAACAACAAUGACGAUACUCCGCAAUGUACCAUUCCCGAGCACGAAAUCAAGCAAAAUGCUGGCGUAUCAGCCAGUAUGGCUCUACAAGCAGGGCAAAAAGCAUGGGAGCUCAGACAAGCAGCACAUGGCGCUGCCGAUGCGGAAGCAAGAGAGAAAAUCUUAGCCAAAGCAAUCAACAAGGAAAUCGAAGCUGAGAGUUUCGGAAAAGCAGCGAAAUAUACACAGUCCGGUGCUUUUCAGGGAUUGGCUGCUGGAGCUGGAUUGGGCGUACAACCAGGUGUAACCCUCGGAAAACUGACUGGUGCACUGGUUGGAGGCCUGGUGUCUACAGUAACUGGUCUACUUGGUGGUGGUAUCGGUUCAGUCUACGGCGCCAUGUCUGGGCCUUUUUGGGAUCUCGGAGAGAUGGCAAGUCACGGAGUUCAAGGCGUGAUUGGUGACUUUCUUCCAGACAUCAAAGCCACAUCUUCACAAAGGAAGGCUUUGGAAAAGAUGAUCAUGCAGACAAAGGAAACGCAAGCGCCCACGAGGGAAGAGCUGGAGCAGAUGAAGAACGAUGCACCAGACCAGAUGCCGCAGUCUUGGUCGCAAUCAGUCAAGGAUAUGACAAGUUGGAGACCCAAAAUGCCAAGUAUGCCUAGUAUGCCGUCAGCGAAAGGUGUGGGUGGUGCGGUAGGUCUUGGAGGGCUAGGUGCAUCAAUGAACCCCUGGGGAGGACAAAAGCAGAACCAGCAACAGCAGAGUGCACCACAACAGAGCCAGCAGAAGCCAAACCCGAAAGCUCCAGUUCAGAACCAACAGCCUUCCCAAGUUCAAAACCAGCGACCAAACCCCCCGAGCAGGCAGCCGUCAAAGCAGGGAAACCAGCAGGGCACAUCAUCCAAUGCUACCCCUCAAGAAGAACCUAAGCCCGCGAAGCCUCGUUCCCAAAGACCACCUACAACAAGAGGUGCAGUAAACCCCCAAUCGGCAUCGCAACCCCAGCCAUCAACUUCCAACACCACCUCCCAAUCCACUCAGCAAAAGCAACAACCAAGAGCUCAACAAUCCUCCAACAAACCCGCAACAAGCACCCAAACUAAAUCUUCGCCCCCAAAAUCUCAAACAGCAAAUCUGUCUCGACCUACCCAGACAAAGCGUGUCUCCUUCAACGACGGCCAAGAAAUCAGUUCGACCACUUCGACAGCGAAAGCAAGGAGGAAGCCGAGGAAAUUGAAUCAGCAAACUUCUAAUGCUGCCAAUACUAAUGGUACUGCUAAUACCAACGGCACUACUAAAGCGUCAGCUCCUGCCGCGAAGAGGGCGCCUAGGAAGUUGGAGACGAGGAAGCCUGCUGCGUGA